ACAGAAAUGGCUUUUCUUGGUGCCCACCUUGCAUUCAAAUCUCGUUGGCACAAGACAGAUGAGGAACUAUGCAGACACAGCAUGUCUUUCAUUCUUCACAAGGCCAUACGGUCAGACUUUUUUGAGAGCUACCUUUACCUGCUUGAAAGACAACCUCUAGUGAAGCUAUAUGCCCUGACUAGUGAAGUCAUUGAUGGAGAAAUGCAAUUUUAUGCCAGAGCUAGACAUUUCUACAGAGAUGUUCCUGCGACAGAAGAGGGCAUGAUGGGAGAUUUUGCAGACCUUUCAAAUACAGAUAUAGAAUCUUCCAGAGAGUUUCUGAGGAAAUUUGUAGGGGGUCCUGGAAAAGCAGGCACUGAUUUUGCUCUUGACUGUGGUUCCGGCAUUGGAAGAGUUAGCAAAAAUGUCCUCUUACCAGUUUUCAGCAACAUUGAAUUGGUGGAUAUGACGGAAGCUUUUCUUGAAGAAGCCCAGAACUACCUAGAGGAGGAAGGGGACAGGGUGGAAACCCUUUACUGUUACAGUUUGCAGGACUUUGUCCCAAUGCAAAGAAAGUAUGAUGUCAUUUGGAUACAGUGGGUUUCGGGCUACCUGACAGACAGGGAUCUUCUAGAAUUUCUUCUCCGCUGCAAACAUGGUUUAAAAGAAAAUGGAGUUAUUAUUUUAAAAGAUAAUGUAGCUAGGCAUGGCUGUAUCCUCGACCCCACCGACAGCAGCCUGAUUAGGGAUAUUCAUAUUCUUAGGAACAUCAUUCAUCGUACUGGAAUGACCAUCCUUGCAGAAGAAAGGCAACCGGGCUUUCCAGAGCUUUGCAUUCCAAUAUGGAUGAUUGCCAUGCAAUAAGGAAACUCUCUUUAUUGGUGUGAACUCCACACGCUCCUUGUGGGAGGUUAAAGAUUAGAGCAAACAACAUAUACAAUUGUAAUAAAGAAGAAACUCAUUGCUUGUAUAAGCACUAAUCACAACAUACUUAACUGUAUACCAGAUAGGUUUUAUAUGUGUUUAUGCUGAUUUUCUCAAAAAUACUUAAAAAUGAAAAUAUUGUAAAAGUUACCAUCUGUAUACAAAAGAUAUUAUAGAGUCAAUUUAUGACCCCCUACAUUAGUCACCCUAAUCUAAAUAGGAUGAAUGAAAUGUUAUUAGCAUUGAUUAAAUGGUGAUAAAAAAGAUUUUGACUUUUGGCGAAAAAAUUACAGUUGGUGGAAACAAAAAAACAAAAAAAAACCAUAGAUUAUAUGUAGACACCAGCUGUUAGUCACAAAAAGUAAUAAAUCAUGCUAAAAAAAUAGUGACAAAAAUAAAAUAAAAAAUAAAUAAAAUAGUAAGUUAUUGAAAUAUGGCAGACAUUUGAUGGAUAACAGGUUUGGCUAUAUUAUUAUUAUUAUUAUUAUUAUUAUUAUUAUUGUUAUUAUAAUCUUUGUUUAUGUAUAAAGCGCUAGCCUAUUACGAAGCGCUGUAACGUUAAGUAUAGAGUUGUGGAGUACAGUAAUCAGAAUACAUUUACAUGAAUCAUAAAGAGGGUACUGCCCUUGGGUCACUAUAAGAUAUAAACCAUCUUUAUGUAAGAUGUUCAACAGUACAGGUGGACUCACUUUUAUUGCUAUUAAUAAGAGAAGUAAAUUUGUUAUUAAAUUCCAAUACGACAUAUAGUGUGUGCAGUUCAAUAUUUGAUGCACACAUCCACUUUAGUCAGUAUAUGAGUAAAUUGUAUAAACAUAAAUUACACAGACAUAUGGGCUCCACUCUGAUGCAAUAUCUGUAUGUUUUUGUAUUUUCUAUAUAUUUAUUUAUUUAUUGUAUUUAUAUGGAUAACCAAAAAAAAUGUCAGUGAAAAUUAACUGAUUGUAAAUACAUUGCCAAAGUAUUUUUUCAUCAAUAUUUAAAUAUGUUUUAACACAAAACAGUAGAUUUGCAUAAUUAACAAAUGCAUGAUAAAAAGACAAUGUAAUAGCACUUAGCAUGAACUUCAAAUGAGUAGAAGAUAUGUUCUGACAAAUUUAAAAGUUAUGUCUAUUUCCACUCCUCAUGUAUCAUGUGACAGCCAUCAGCCAAUCACAAAUGCAUAUAUGUAUAGUCUGUGAAUUAUUGCACAUGCUCAGUAGAAGCUGGUGACUCAAAAAGUGUAAAUAUAAAAAGACUGUACACAUGUUGUUUAUGAAAGUAAAUUGGAAAGUUGUUUAAAAUUGCAUUCUCUAUAUGAAUCAUAAAAGUUUAAUUUUGACUUGAGUGUUCCUUUAAAACUCGUAUUUACUAGUCCUUUAAAGGAGACGCUUAUACAUUUUCCUAUCCAAUAAAUACAGUUUUUUAUAACAUGAUCACAAA